CACAUGUAGCACUGACAAUCUUGUUACUAAGAUAUUUAUCAAGUUUCGGAAUUUAGUAAAAAAUUUAAAAAAAAAUGCGCCAAAAUUCGAUAUCCUGUUAGCGACUAACUGAUAUCGGUUAUUAAAAAUGGAGACGCAGACAUUUAAAAUUGAACUAGAUAAAGAAAUGGCUGAGUAUUUUAGCCAACCACCUGGAGAGGAUGGCAAUAGCGAGGCUUAUGAUCUACAUAUGGGAAUCUUAGAAUUGAGUGUUAGUCUAGGUAACUUUACUCACGAUGUGGAAAAAUCGUUAAAUUAUAUAGCCGCAAGCAAUACGACCUUAAAAUGUUCCUUUGAUUUGGAACUCCUCAAUGAUUUUCGGAUAAAAUUCGAACAAAUGGAACAAGGAAUGGAUCCUGAGGAAAGAGCUCUUCAUGAUACCCGAGGGAAUUUGUUUAUGCGUCUCUAUAACGAACUGGCAGACAAGGAGCCGGAUGAGAUAAAACGAUGCGAGUUCCUUAAACUUUUCUAUGAUCUAUUCGAUUCGAAUAAGGCGCCCCAAGAAUCGCUAACUUCUCCCAUGGAAGUAACCGAUAGUAUACAUGGCCAGGAUCAAAGAAUACGGGAACCAAUUAAUCGAAGUUCAGAAGCCAAAGAAAUAUGUUCCGACUCGAAAAUUGAUAUGUAUUUGGAAUCGAAAAUAUUCCGAAAUGAAACUAAUACACAUGGCUUACCAAUGAUUUUGGACUUAAAUAAGGAAAUAUGUUAUCAAGAUAAAAAAGAGGAGUUAUGCCAAGUUCAUACUGAAAUAGUUUAUGUUGAAGGUUAUAGUUUAAUGAAUAGUUAUGCAGAAAUAAUUACCUGCCCAAUGGGCAUCAAAAUUGAUUAUGGUAUCGCUAUUUUAUCUGAACUGAAAGUUAUCUCCGCAGAACCAAAGAAUUCAAAAACUGAUUUGAAAAUGGAAACGAUCUCGUCAAAUGUUCAUGAAAAUAAUAUUUCUAUUCUUUCAGACGACUAUUUGGCUAACAUUUCUUUAAUCGAUCUACACUUUGAAGGUUAUAGUUUAAUCGAAAGUAAUGCUAAAAUAUUUACCUGCUCAAUGGGCAUCAGAAUUGAUAAUGGCAUCGCUAUGUUAUCUGAACUAAAUGAUAUUUCCGCAGAACCGAAGGAUUCAAAAACCGAUUUGAAAAUGGAAACGAUCUCGUCAAAUGUUCAUGAAAAUAAUAUUUCCAAUUCUUCAGAUGACUAUUUGGCUAACAUUUCUUUAAUCGAUGUACAUGUUGAAGGUAAUAGAUUAAUGGAAAGUUAUGCUGGAAUAAUGACCUGCCCUAUGGGCAUCAGAAUUGAUAAUGGUAUUUCUUUCAACUAUGAGGUUAUUCUGAUGAAAGGAAUUUAUGAUGGCACAGAAGAAAUGAAUGAUAAAUUGCCUGAAAAAGUAGAGGUAUCGAAUGGUGUGGAAGACACGAAUAUUAAUUCGUUAAUUUUUGAUGAAGCUGAUGCUCUAAAUGAUCCUAAAAACGAAACUUAUAGUGCUUUCGCUGAUGAUCUUAGUAAAAUAAAUAAACCAGAAAAACCAGAACCUCGUACCUCCAUAAAUUCGGAUUUCAACCAGUAUGAUUCCAAUAGAAGUACUCAACCUCUUCCCUAUAAUACAACUGCUUCUUGUUCGAUGAAAAGUUCAUAUAAAGGAGCUUCUAAAAUUCCUAUAAGAAAUAAUUCUCGUAAGUCACCCUUCGAUGCUCUCAAAAAUGGAACUGGUAAAUAUUCGGAAAACCAAUGUAAUAAAAUAAAAAUCGAUGCAUCAAGUGAACCAGUAGAAAUGGAUAACGAUGGAAAAAGCACCUUACAGGAAAUCGAUCUGAAAUCGCCAAAGCUGGAGGAUCAGACUUUGAGUCAACUAAGACAAGCGGUAAGUGAUGUUAAGGUAAAUAUUUUGAAAGAAGUCGACAAGUCUCUGGAAGUGACCUUUAAGAAAUCUUCUGACAUACUAUUGAGUAACUCGUCCAGAGAAAUUGCUAAAAGCGAGAUGAAAAACUUCGGCCGAAAUUCCAGAUUUACAGAUGAGCUUCGAUUACAACAUUCAGAAAAACGUUCUAGACACAAUAAUUCGGCCCCACAAAAUAAAUCGUGUAAGUCUUUACCAAAUGCAAGUCCGAGAAGAAAGCUGAAUAAGUCAUCGCCGAAGUUUAUUGUAAGAAAUCAAACAGCUCGAUUGAAUAAGAAAAUGGUCAAAUGUGAUGAUGAUCCAGACGACACAAAUUCACCUAGAGAUAACAAUGAUAUCUGCAAGGACUGCAGUUUGGCUAAAAAUGCGUUGGAUUUGAAGACAUCACCAGAAAAGUCAGAACAAUUUUUUGCUGAAGAGGGUAGUAAGAAAAUAAUUGAACUUUCAAUCAGCGAAAGCACACAGUCGUUUAUAGAACUUGAGCAAUACGUUAGAAACAGCAUUAAUGAUGAUAUUGCCGAUCAACUUGAAGAUCUUAAAGAUUUAAGUUUAUCGACUUAUAAGUUAUGCGUUGAUUCUUGCGGAGAUGGUUUUGAUCUAGAUAAUCAGGAAAAGAUUUCACCGACCUGUAUUUGUAUUUGUAAGGAUAAUCACAGCGAACAAAGGCUUUGUGGAGGUGGGGUGCAAAAAUCCGAAGAUUUAAGCCCAUUGUCAUUAAGAAUUGAUGAGAAUACGGAAUUAAGAAGAAGAAUUAACCCAGGAGAAUUAAUGGAAUUCGUUGACGAAAAAGUGAUUUCACCAACAUUAAGUCAAAUUAGCCAAAGGAGUAAUCUUGUAAAGCUUCAAGUUUUAAAGACUAUGGAUGAGGUCUUGUCCAAUGUUUCAGCGUUAAAUAAUACUAUUAUAGACGAAGAAGUUGAAAUUGAUACCCCUAUGUUAGUUGAAAGUCUUUGUGAAGCUUCGAACGAAGAUUUAAACAUUAACAUCUCCGAGGGAAUCUGUGAUAUAAGUCCAAUGCCAACUCCAGGUCACCCACCCGAUGAUCAAGACGAACUUUCACCGAUAUUAGGCCAAAUUUCGAAAACGGUUAGUGAUGUCAAGAUAAACAUUUUGAAUGAAGUGGAUAAAUCUUUGUCGGAAAUAACCUUAAGAAGUGUUCCUGCCAUUUUAAAGAACCGAAAAUUUAAAGAAUAUUUCAGUAACCAGCAUAACCAGGACUUAGAUUAUACAACAGAUGAAUGUACUUUGCUUGAUUUGUCGGGCGAAAGUAUGGUUAAUUUAAGUCCUUCAAGGAAUGUUGAUACUUUUAUAUCUGAAUGGACUCAAAAAAAUCCUUCUGAUGCUAUACUUGGAAAACAGUUCCAAAAAUAUGUAAGACACACGUCGGAAACUUCAGAAUUAAGCGAAUGCUCUGAAAGACCGUCGUUAAGUAGGAACAGUAAUCAAAUCCUUUAUUUAUGUAAGAGUUGUAAUGUAAAGGUAAACUAUUCAGAGGUGAUGGAUAAAUACUUUGCUGAAGGUUUGUGUAUAAGCAAGAAAAAAUGCAAAGUGGCUGAGAGAAACGAUUUGAGUAAUUUAGAGAUCAAAUCCAGAUCCAAAUGGCACCAUAAACGUUAUAUUAUUGCCGCCCCACGCGCUAUAAUUAAGUCCUUUAAGUCGAACCCUGCAUACGGGUGGUCACCUGAUGAUCCGAAUGCUCCGGAUUUUUAUGAACAACUGGAUCAAUUUGUCGAGGUCACGGGACAAAAAAAAUUUUGCGCAGACUGUGAUGUAAUAACCACAUCGCUACAACCUCGGCUAAGUCGUGUUCUAAAAUGUAUCAUAAGACAAGCGCCUAAGAAUACGAGCUACUCCGAUUUGAUAACUAUUGUGGGUGUAGUCCAGUUGGAACAGUUUCUCACUAAAAAGGAAAGGGCGGCUUAUGAAUCCUUGCGCUGGCAGUCAAGGGAUAAAGGUGAUCAGGACUUAUCUGCAGAGUCUCUAUUCACCGAUGCUCUCCACGGUAUGAUGGGCUAUGGAUCGCCCCAUUUGAAGUUGUCAUCAUUAACAGGCAGACUACUAUUGCGUUCACCUCAUCAUCAGGAAAGCAUAAGUGAGUCAUAUCUGUUGUUGGCCUUUGGUCACUUGGGAUACUUUUAUCGCGAGCUGAAGGAACAUCAAGUGAGGCUUGCCGAACAGGGCGAUACUGCUGUUGCCCUUAGAAAAUGUCUACAAAAGUAUCUACUUAAUUUUCACCAAUUUUAUGAUGUACAGAAAAAGAAUCCCAGCUCACUGCUUACCUUGUAUCGCAAAACUCGAGAUUUUCAACGGAAUUUUGAGUGGUUAUUAGAGGUGUUUAACAAUGUUCAGAAAGCAGAGUCUAUUGUUGUCUACCUAUAUGAGGAAUCAAGCCGAAGAACCGGAUAUCAAAGGAACUUACUACUCAAAUGGUUAAAAUUGGUAAUUCAACCAUUCAUAUAUAAUCUUCACAAAUGGCUUUUGAAUGGUAGACUCCCUUAUACUACUAAUCGCGAUAUGUUUCUUAUUGAACAAACUAAUUAUUUAAAGAUAGAUGAAUUUUCGGAAAAACGCUACCAGAUCACAGAGUCUUUCUCUGGUAUUUUUGACCUUCAGUUAAGUGAAAUUCUGAUAAGUGUCGGCAAAACUGUGGAAUACUCAGAAAAGUAUUUGGGCAUUAACGUUGAAAGUUGUGUACCUAGAAAUGAAGUUCGUUGUAUGUUGAUAGAGACAUUCGAUAAGUUAAUUCGGCAUGGCGAUCAGGAACCACUCUACAAUUUCGUUCGUAAUCUGCACUUGGAAAUAUCAAGCAAGGUUCUAAAGAAUCUUCGAAUGACUAAGACCAAUCCGGAGUACCUGUUUUCUGAGCUCCAUAAGUACAUAAUGCUUACGGAUCUUAACUUUACCAUGGAAUUCAUUAACGCUUUAGAGUCCGUCCUUGGUGAACCCGAAAGUUGCUUCGAUAUACAACUCUUUAACGAAAUAAAAAACAAAAUGUUGCACAAACCAGUUCCGGACAUCUAUAUAGAUAAGAGCGAGUCCGAGGGAUCCAGGUGUUGGUCAAAGCUAAUACUCCGUUGGAGGAUACCGACCAAUUGGAGAGCACUACUCGGCGAGGAUUCCAAGGCGUACGAGGUUAUCUUCACCUCAAUGUGGAGAUUUCAUUAUGUUAACUAUGUGCUCAAUGAAGGAGUACAUCGGAAACAGAUCUUGUUUCGAAAACAUAUUGAAUGUAAAUAUUUUGAAGGCCUUAAUGACACACUCAAAUGUUUCUCCAAGUUGAUAAACGCCUGUAUGCGCCUAAUGAAUGUUCUAAGGGAGUAUUUUUUGGACUAUUUAUUAGAGCCAGCAUUCGCAAGACUUUUGUGGUUUUGCAAGAACGCAAUUACCGUCGACGAAUUACUGGUUGCCAAUAGAAAGUAUCUGAAAACCAUUAUAUUGGGAUCCCUGCAAUCGAAAAAUCUACGAAAAUAUCUGGAGCGACUUUAUGAUCUCAUACUUCAACUCGAUAAUAAGCAGCGAAAGUUCCUAAGACUAAGUCAAAUAACAGUGGAAUAUGUGAUUAGAGUUCGCAAAGAACAACCACAAAACAUUUUUUCCACCUAUUAUAGGGAACGAAUGCUGCAGUUUCGUUUGACCUGUCAAAAUUACUCGGAUGUUAUCAAUGAGCUGCAAGCUCAAUUUGAUUCGGCAAUGAUUAACUUUUUAUUAUCUCUUCAACUAGCAGAUGAGGACUUAUUAAGGGACCUAGCCAAAAGAUUAGAUCCCGAUCACUAUUAUAUGGAAAAGGAUAAUAGAUUGGAUCUAGUACAAUAUUUCGAGUUUAGAAGGAAGCUGGAAAGGAAAAGAUCACAGUAAAUUACUUAAGUUAUUCCAUUUUUCAUAUUUCAAUAUUUCCUAUUUAAUACUGCCUUUUGUAAAAUGUGCAUAUGUGGUCACCUUGGUAGCUUAAUAAACAUUUGUAAAUUA